CAAUAUAUAAUGCAACAACCGAGCAGAAGAGGCUCAGCAAGUAGUAAAACGAACAUGGAGAAUAAGGAAGAAAACAGAGAGAAAAAGACUCAAAAUAACGAAUCAGCUAAGGAAAGCAGCAGCACGGAAGAGCUUCUUCCAAUGGAGGACAGUCCCUACGUGAAAUAUAAGGAUUUGGAAGACUAUAAGCGUAAGGGUUAUGGCACUGAAGGCCAUCAAGAACCCAAGCCAGGUCGUGGAGCUGGCGCCACUGAUGCACCCACUCCCUCAGGUGCUGCUGUUUCUUCCGAGGCCGAGCUCUCAGCCACUGAAGCCGUAAAUCGCCAGGGAGUGCCUUAAAAGCAGUAUCUAUAGAUUUUCUUUAUACAAUUACUAAGAGAUAUAGUUUUCAUUCUCAACAGUGAUUACUUCAGUCGUGUUGGGCUUAAGUGCUUAAAAUUAAUACUUUAAUGUGGUUUUGUGUGUCUCGUGUUCGCUACAUAUAUAUGAUUUAACAUUAUAACAUCAGUGAAAAGGUGACAGAGUUGGAAGAAGUGCAAUAGCAUUAACGUGAUAAAGAAAAAUGAUUUAUGCAUGGAGUUUUAAGAAGUGCAAGAGAAUUUCAAAAU